AUGCCGGCAGCCUCGAAGAAGAAGUCCGUCGCCCCCAAAAGGACUAACGAGUCCCAAUCCUCCUCGGGUAGUGAGAGUCCGUCGACCAAGCCCUCGGAGGGGGCUGCUAAGUUGCACAAACGAUCUCGCUCAGGAUGUUUCACAUGUCGUCUACGUCGGAAGAAGUGUGACGAAAAGCAUCCCUCCUGCGGGGCCUGUAUCAACCUCUGCGUCAAAUGCGAAUACAAGCGCCCUGUCUGGUGGGGGAAUGCAGAGCAGCGAAAGAUCCACAAGGAGCGUAUAAAGAACAAAAUCAAGCAGACCAAGAUGAACGAGCGCAAUGGAUCCUUAACCUUGGAUCCUUCGGUUCGGGCUCGCAGUAUGGCGGCCAAUUCACCCACGUCGCCUGAAUAUGAAUUCGGUCGUCCAUUCCCCGAGCCCUCAUAUGAUAUGUUCGCAUCCCAUUUGCCAACGCCAGCCUUGGGCCAACCCAUAUAUGGACCCCCCUCGUUGCCCUACGAGGUAGAUGUCAAGACCGAGCGACAGACAUUCGUCAACGACAUUCAACUGCGCCAUGACUCUGCCUCGUCCACGUUCAGCACGUUUGCCCCUCCGCAGCUGAAUGCGCCUCUCCCGACUUUCCCAAGCGACGACGACUGGUUCCACGAUGAGUACUUCCGUGCUCCAGCUCUCCCAGGAAUCGACCCGGUUCUCUCUGAACAGAGCCCAGGACAGUCCUACAGCAUGCUGCAGUCUAAUAUCCCGGUCAGUGAUCACGACCGCCCGCUUCUCGACCACUUUAUCCACAAUGUUCUGCGGAUGAUCUUCCCUGUCCUGGAGGCCCACCAGCGCGGACAUCUUCGAGCGCAGGCUAUCCUUCAAGCCCUGGAGACCAAUAAGACCUACCUGCAUUGCUGUUUGAGUGUUGCGGCGAUCCACCUCAAGACAACAGAGGGAAUCACCGGUGAGCAAAUCGACCAUGAUAUCAUGCGCAACCGAUUUGAGGCAAUUUCACAGCUGUGCCAGGCCCUUGGAGAGGACACGAAUCAUCAAGAGAUUCUCGAUGCCACCUUGGCGAUGAUUUUCUUCCACUGCUCCGUUGCCCCCGCAGAUGACUAUCUUCCGGAUAUUCCCUGGUUAGACCACUUCCAGGCCGCCGCCAACCUGGUGAACCGACUCGGCCUUCCAGCAGCCAUGCCCGGCGGAAACCCAUACAUGCUGCCCCCGUUCAGUAUGACUAUGACUGCCUGGAUCGACAUCCUCGGUUCCACCAUGCACCGGAGGACCCCCGAAUUUGCACACACCUACCGCUCCAAGCAUCUGGGAGGUGCAUCCUUGGGACUGCGCGAGCUGAUGGGCUGCGAUGACCGCGUGAUGUAUCUCAUUUCGGAAAUCGCCUGCCUGGAUGCGCUCAAAGGUUGCAGACGAGUGGACGAGAUGCAAGUUUGCUCUCAUGUGUCGGCUCUCGGGCGCCAGCUGGAAUUUACUGAGCCCGCCGACCAAGCCCUGGAAAGCCCCUUUUCGCCCACCACCGGUAUUCUCCGUCCAGAGGUCCUCACCAAGAAUAUGACUGCCGUCUACCGCAUCGUUGCAAGAAUCUACCUGUGCAGUCUUGUGCCCGGGUUUGAGCCGUCGCAGCCCAGCAACCUCAACCUGGUGCAAGCGCUCACCAACACACUGCAGUUCAUCCCCUCUGGGCCGAACGGAUUCGACCGCUCGCUUGUCUGGCCGCUAUUCAUGGCAGGCGUGUACUCCACGCCCAACAGCCAGUUCCGCACUGUGCUGGCCGACCGCGCCGCUGCAUUAGGAGACCACGCCGAUCUGGGCAGCUUCGGCCGGAUGUAUCGAGUCCUGCAAGAAGUAUGGAAAAUCACCGACGACCCAGUUGAGCACUUCUACAACCUGGAAGAAAGUUCGUCGAGCCCUUCGAACGUAACUAGCCCCAUCAAGGCCGAACCCCCCAGCUCUCCCAGGGAGCAGGAACUCGCCUGGCCCGAGAAAGACGUCAAGAAACUGAACUGGCGGGAUGUAAUGCAGCAGAACGGCUGGAACUAUCUCAUCCUGUAA